CUCCUUCACUUGUUUGGAGUGACCUGCAUGUUUGUCAGUUGGUUAGUCCUUGGUUUUUUUUUACAAUGAAGGAAAGAAAUAUAUCUUAGCGGGGGAGUGUGUUGGCGUAUUUUUUUAUUCUCUCCUGAGUAUUGGACAGGGAUAAGGACACACCGAAUCCCAAAAAUCUGGCCAACUUUCUGUACACAGCUGUUCUACAAGGUUCCUUGCCUCUGCCAUUAUGACAGUAACUCACCCAUCCGAACUCGACCCUUUGGUCGACGAGUUCCAACAUCUAUCGGAGAAGUCACGGCCACGCGAAGCCCUGCAAAUGCUUCAGAAAAUCGCCUCCAUGGUCAAACCCAUAAUGCGCCAGCGCAAUUGGCGUGUUGGCGUGUUGACCGAAUUCUACCCCAGAGAGGCAAAUCUCCUAGGUUUGAACGUCAACCGCGGCGAGAAAAUCUGUCUCCGCCUCCGGCAUGCGGGCGACGAUACUCAGUUCCUCCCAUUCGAGAGUGUGCUGGAUACCAUGCUUCACGAACUCUGCCAUAUCGUCCACGGCCCACACCAUCAGGCAUUCAAUGCCCUGUGGGACAAAUUGCGCGACGAGCACGAAGCCCUCCUCCGCAAAGGCUACACGGGCGAAGGAUUCCUGGGCAAGGGGAACCGCCUGGGCGGGCGCCGCGUCCCGGUGAAUGAAAUCAAACGGCAAGCUCGUGCCGCCGCCGAACGGCGCCGUACACACAACAAAGGCAGUGGUCAGCGUCUGGGGGGCCAGGGCAUCGUGCGCGGCCAGAACGCACGAGAAAUCAUUGCGGCGGCAGCGGAGAAACGCCUACGUAUCGAGCGAGGCUGCGGCAGUGCCACGGACCACGGCGCCCAAGUUGCUGCACAAGAGAAGGACAAGGUCACCACCACCAAGGCAGACAAGCAGGACGAGAACGAUGCUGCGCUCAUGCAGGCCUUCAUCGAUCUCAUCCAGGAGGAGGAAAGUGCACUCUUCGGCAAGGACUACGUGCCCCCCAGUCAGGAGAAUCCGGCAGGUAUGCGCGGCGCAACGACGUCUCCACCAAGCUUGCGGACGAGCAUGCUCCCAACGCCGCUUGACGCCAGAGCUCUCCGUGAACAACAAAUGCAAAUUGAACGGCAACUCCAAGCAACGAAGAAGAGCGAGGAGGCAGAGGCGAAUGGACGAGACGACACCAAUGCUCCCAAACGGUCAGCCAAAAGACCAGCAGAGCCUGAGCACGAACCCGAGGCAGAGACGUGGACGUGUGAAAUCUGCACCCUCAUCAAUCCGAUUCAAUACCUAAUGUGCGGAGCUUGUGAGACAGAACGGCCGGCCACAUAUGCACACUCGGCACUCGAUCCUUCACCACCACCGCCACCAUCUCACAGUCGGCCCAAACCUCGAACGACGACGACGACGACGACGACAACGUCUGCUCGGUCGAGCCCCCAAGACCACACGAGCCUAAAGCCACGUCUGUCGAGCGCAGAGGCACUUGCGAGAUUCGAUUCUCAGGCCACCGCAAAAGCACAGUCCAGGCCGGUCGGGUGGAUGUGUCACGGCUGUGGCAACUGGAUGGAGAGUCAGUGGUGGACGUGUGCGAGCUGUGGGCGCAUGAAGACGAGCUCUUGAUGAUAUUCGAACAGACAUGCCUCGCAAGUUCCCUCCACGCACCUGAAUCUCU